UCGGCUGCGAUUGGGUUUGUUACCCGGCUUGAAUGACUUGACUACUACUCCAGAUAUCUCUGAUAUAGCGACUUUAUAUCAAUUGUGCAUCCGCAAUGGACGAACUGGACAGAAAAUACAUGAGCUUAGCCCUGGAGCAGGCAGACAAGUGCAUAGGCACCCCCACCGCCUUCUGCGUCGGUGCCGUCAUCGUCCUUCCGCGCAACUCAGACGGCAACUCCACCUCCGAGGACAUCGUACUCUCAACCGGCUACUCCCGCGAACUUCCCGGAAACACCCACGCCGAGCAAUGCGCUCUCGAAAAACUCACUUCCUCCUCCUCUCUGCCCCCGCCGAGAUCAGCAGUCAUCUACACGACAAUGGAACCCUGCAGCGAGCGCCUGAGCGGAAACCUGCCCUGCGCGGACCGCAUAAUCGACGCCGGAAUAUUCAAGUGCGUGAAAGUGGGCGUGCUCGAACCGGAUACCUUCGUCAAGCAUAACGUCGGUAGGGAAAAGUUGCUGGCCGCUGGGAUCGAGUAUGUUCAUGUUCCGGGGUUUGAGCAGCGGUGUUUGGAGAUUGCCGAGAGAGGACAUUGAGCUUGUUCUCGUGUCUGGUUUUGUAUAUAUA